GGUUCUUCAUCGCCAUGAGGCUCGGCUCUGCUUAUUGCAGUGAUGCGAUUUAUCAUUCUGCAAUUUCAGAAGCCGGAUGUCCGGGUAUGAGAGGAGCGACAUGGUAUUCUCAAGAACAUCACCAAAGCAGAGAGCCUUGUCGUCAUGCAUACUGCGAAGACCAAUAUAAUGUCAAUACUGGUCAGAUCCUGAAUAAAGCCAUUGAAUGAUAUCAAGGUCGACCUCAACAAUGAGUUGUUCGGUCUGCCGCCGUGACUUUCACUAUUUCCAUUCGAAUUCUCAUCCAGCGGCUCUAAUGCAGAGCCCACUCCUGUGCAGUCCAGUCCAUGAACAGGAAGACGGGGUACGCCAUCCACUGGACUUCCUGAGUCCCACCAAAAUCUCCUCAGAUGUCUUGUCACCACUCGUCGACUUUUUUUUGUCCAGAAUACCGGCAAAGUUGUCUAAAAAGCUGUCCGCCUCUGUCACCCAAGCAGUAUAUACAGAUGUGUUGUUUCUGGAAUCUCGAUGGCAGUCAUUGCCUAAAGAAAAGCACAGUCUUGCCCCCGAUCUAUAUCACAAAUUGUCAUUAUAUAUGUGUCUGAGAGAUGCUACUAAUCCCUUUGGUCAUUUUAGGACCGGUACACCCCCGUCUGGGCUGGCGUUGAAGGCUAGCCAUGCUGAGCAUUUCUUGGACUUCUUUGCUGUGAUUGCCAGUCCAUAA